AUGCAGGCUCCAAGUGCGCACCAGAUAAAGGGCAAACCGGCCCACAAGAAAGGCCAAAGUAUGUGCCAGAAAAAAUGGCACGCCGGCCCACAAGAAAGGCCAAAGCAUGUGCCAGAAGAAAAGGGCAAACCGCCCCACAAGAAAGGCCAAAGUAUGUGCCAGAAGAAAAGGGCAAACCGCCCCACAAGAAAGGCCAAAGUAUGUGCCAGAAGAAAAGGGCAAACCGGCCCACAAGAAAGGCCAAAGCAUGUGCCAGAAGAAAAGGGCAAACCGCCCCACAAGAAAGGCCACAGUAUGUGCCAGCAAAAAGGGCCAACUAGCCCACAAGAAAGACCACAGUAUGUGCCAGCAAAAAUGGCUAACUAUCCUACAAGAGAGGCCAAAGUAUGCGCCAGAGCAAACAUCAAUGCGGCCCACAAGAAAGGCUAA